AUGAUUUUCUUAGAGAUGGGUUGUGGAGCUGGGCUGAACUUAAUGACUAUGCAGAUGUUCAAAGGUUUUAAACAAUGUAUAGGCUAUGAUAUCAACGGUGAUCUUUAUAGAUUACACUAUGAAUUAGGAACCAAUGUUUCCAAAAUAGCAGACCUGUUUAGGUUACAACAUAACUUCAGCCCAAAUAAAGUUAGUUAUAUUAAUAGGCAGUUUAGGAUUAAGGAAUUGUAUGCAAGGCUUAAAGGAUAUCCAGGUUUUAUUUUUGUUCAUGAUCUCAACUUCUCAAAGGUAGAAUUACAAACUGUUGAUGAAAUAUAUAUGAACAGGAAACUAAAAGCUGGUAGUAUAAUUGUUAGAUAUCAUUCUCCACCAGGACUUAAAGAAAAUAGUACCUCCCAUGAUAAUGACCUUGAAGGAAUAUUUGAAACUUACACUAUGGAUAUUGGUUCUUCACUUGGUAGUCGUUCCAGUACAUUGUUUAUAAGCAUAAAAAUAUCAUAA